AUGCAUAAAAUGUUCACAAAGCUCAUUGUUUUAUUGGCACUCACCUUACUCGGUGAGCAAUUGCAUUUUCUCAUACUGAUUGGUUCGCAGUACUCGCGACUACUUGUUCAGGAUAUUGGUCAAGUCCUACACCGCGACAGCAUGGCUCCCGUCACGAGGAGGCAGGAAAGACUUUCCUUGUUGGCGCUAAACGCUCGACGUGCAGAAGCUCGGAAAAUGAAAGCUGCGAUGCUUUCCCGCGAGGAAUCAAAUGGAGAAAAGCAGUCACAGAUGGCUAAGGAUGCAAACGACGCUUCGAAACCAGUGUGCUUCUUCGACGAAUCCCUUCUAGCCUGUGAUAUAUGUUUGGAAAUCAUGCAUAACGCAAUGAAUGUCUCUCCUUGCAAUCAUAAGUUUUGUGCUGGUUGCAUUUACGAAUGGAAUUCAUUGAAUUCGAAAUGCCCCAAGUGUCGUUGGAGCGCUGUAGAUAUCACACGCGAUGCCACUUUGAACUCAAUAAUUGAGCAGUACCUCAUUGCAUUUCCAGAAAAACGACGAGAUAAGGCGCAGCUAAUAGAACUAGACGAACGAGAAUUGAAUCAUUUGGAGCAGUGGGAAAGAAAGCGGGAUUCCGACGAAGGGGAUUGUGAUUAUGAUAUGGAUGAUCAGUUUUUCGAGAGUGAGGAUUCGGACGCUUUUGAGGUGCAGGAUGAACAACUCGAUAGCGACGAGGAGGACGAUGGCGUCGAUUAUUCCAGCUCGGAUCGAUGGAGUGAUCACGAUAUGAUAGGCAGCUUCGAUGAAGAUGAAGAGGAAAACGACUCAGAUAUCCAACAUGAGUACAUCUCACGAAGGAAUCUGGAAAAGGCCCGAAUGGAGCGGCUAAGACGCGAAAAAGAGGAGCGCGAUAGACUCAAAGAGCUUGAGGAAGAACGAAGUCGCAAGACCAUCGCUAAAUCGAAAAAAGAAAAAUCUCGUGAACGCCGGUGUGGCACGGGAGGAGGAAAUGGUCGCGCUGCCAAUACCGGUAGAUCAAACACUCAUACGAACAAUGCGCCGGCCACGACUUCGACACGUUCCGUAGUCACACGAUCGAUGACACUGAGAUCGCGCAACUCUUGA